GCUUACACCUACACCUCAUCUAACUCCAUCAACACCCGGUGGCGCGCAAAAUUAAAUUUUUUUCUUUUCAUUUUUAAUAUUUCUUUUAUUCAUAAGUGCUUUUCCCUUCGCGUGCUUUCUCUUCCUCUUAUUUUAUCCGCACGUUUUUCGCCGGUGUGAAGGAUGUUUUGCAAAGCAAUAACUGGAGUCGUCCUCGCAAUCAGUGGCUAUGUUGUUCUCACCCAACUGUGGUAUGCAGCCUACCCUGAAGAGAUUGCAGCCACUCUUCCAGAGGACGUGAACUGGGGAGCUCGCCAACCAGAAUCUUUGAAAGACGAUGGAAUACGUCCUUUCACUAUUACCACAUCCCCAGCCGUCAUAGAACACCUCAAAUUUCGAUUAAAUCACACCAAGUUUCCGCAUGCACCGUUAAAAGGAGUCAGUUUUGAGUACGGGUUCAAUAUUGAUUACCUAAAGAAGGUAAGAUCCUACUGGCUGAACAACUAUGAUUGGAGCGCUCGCCUUAAAUUUUUAAACAGUCUUCCGCAUUUUAAAACUAUAGUUUCAGGUUUGGACAUCCACUUCGUCCAUGCCAAGCCCACUGCGAGUGCGAAGAACUUGAAAGUCAUCCCGAUCCUGUUGAUCCACGGGUGGCCGGGAUCCAUCAGAGAGUUCUACGAGCUGAUCCCGCAAUUAAUCACCCCACGGAAAAAUGUAGACUAUGUCUUCGAAGUCGUCGCACCAUCUCUGCCCGGAUUCGGGUAUUCGGAGGCGGCAGCGAUUCCGGGACUGGCCACUGCACAGAUCGGCGUCAUCUUCAAGAAGCUUAUGAACAAACUAGGACAUGAGAAGUUCUAUGUUUCCGGCGGAAACUGGGGUUUCAAGAUAGGUCGAGAUAUGGCCAUCGCAUAUCCUGAAAAUGUGUUAGGCUUCCACUCAACGAUGUGUAUGGAUGUGCAUCUGGCGCCUGUACCGGUGGCUUGGACCGCGGUGCACGUAUGGAUCGGAAGCUUCAUCCCUGGUUUUGCGGUGGCCAAGGAGGAUGAGCAUCGGCUGUAUCCUUCACGCGACUACGCCAACUGGUUGUGGACAGAAACUGGAUAUUUGCACCUUCAGGCAACGAAGCCUGACACCAUCGGAACAGCUCUGCUUGACUCUCCCAUUGGUCUAGCUGCAUACUUGAUGGAUAAAUUCUCGAGUCUAACAAACCCAGCCAACAGAAAAUUACCGGACGGAGGCCUUACUAAGAAAUUUACUCUCGAUGCCCUUCUGGACAAUGUUAUGAUAUACUGGACGACAGAUUCGAUUUUAACGGCAGUGAGACUAUACAGCGAAUAUUUAUCGAACGACUACAUAAAACUUAAAUUUGAUGCAGCUCCGGUGAAAGUGCCAACGGCUUGCGCCCGAUUCCCCUACGAACUGGUUUAUUCUCCUGAUUUUAGAAUCAAUCGGAAAUUCAAAAAUCUCGUCAGGAUAUCGAAGUACAACGAUGGAGGGCUUUAUGCCGCUUUCGAGGAGCCGAAAAUUGUUGCAAACGACAUAUGGACAUCCAUUCCGCUCUUUUUGAAGGCUCGUCAAAACGCAUCCAGUGGCUCAUCAUAAUAAAAAAUGUUUGUGUAAAUAUUUUGAAAAAUUCACCGAUCCCCAGACAAAGGAAUGUAACUACGAUUCAAAAUUGCAAAAUUCUCACCAGCAAAUUGAAUUUCCAUGGGGAGACUGUUGGUCAAUUCAACUAAAAAUUGUACUGAGUUAUCCUCUGAUCACUCUAAAACUUAGAAAAAUUUUGAGCGGAAAUAGCGCAGUCGCUCUCUUGAAGAGUAUUGAAUUGUUCAAGUCAAUUUUAUAACGUAGGAAUGGAAUUACGUUCCUUUGUCUGGGGAACGAAGAACUGUGCGUUUGUAUCAAUCGCGUGUAUAAAGUUGAUGUUGCCUUUUGAAAAUCAAUCAGCUUUUUCAUUGUAUUUGUGAGUAAAUUUUUUCUUACAGAAUUUGAAGGAAAAAAUAGUGCGCAAGUUGCAACACUCAACAAUAGUUCCCUUCAUUUCACCUUAAUUUGACCAAACUUUGGAAGUUAUAUUUUUAAAAUUGAAGGAAAUAGUUUUCCUGCGCUCAAACCUCCUCCCCCCCUUUUUCCAAGGAAAAUAUCCAUAGAGAACGCAUUUAAAUACUUUCUGCCCUGCAGAGUUGACCAUCCCCGCCUACACCAAAAUCUAUGAAGAUUAAAAUGCAUAACAAUCGAGAUUUAGUUGGUUUUUCUAUGAUGCAUGAGGUGAUGGUUUUUAUGGUGGGAGAAAAGUUCGGAUGGACACAAUGUGAUUAACAAAUAGAGAAAUAACCGAGCAAAAAGCCAAUAAUUCUUUUUGGUGACAGUAUUUUGUAAAACAUGACAUUUUUAGUGGCCAUUAUUAAUUUUGAUCCAUGAAAACUCUCAAUAAAAUCAACGUUU